AUGGGCCUAUGGGGGCUCAAGGGCGCGUCACUCGCUCGAGCCCGUGUAUGCCUGAUAGUCGUCCCAUCGUUUUUAUUGUUCGGCUACAACCAGUCCAAAAUAGGGGGCAUUCUCAGCUAUCCCACCCUCUUUCGCCAAUCCCCUAAUACUGAAACCAGCAGGACCACCAGGACCGUCGAUGCCACCAAUGUGCGAAGGCCCAGGGAACGGUCGUCACCAAUUACACUAUCGGAUAUUGGGAACCGCAUUGGACGUCGUGAGUCCCUGAUGAUCGCGGCGGCCAUCGCAGCUAUUGGUCAAAUCAUUUCCGGCAUUGGCAAUGGAGGCGAAUGCACAGCCCCGAAGAGCCGUGGCAAGAAUGUGGGGAUCAUUGGUAUCUUUAUUUCCUCUGGAAUUGCUGCCGCUGGGUGGGUCAACGUUGGCUCUUCCUUGAUCAAGUCCAGCGAGAUUGUUUGGCGUUUCCCUCUCGCCGUGCCCAUUUUUUUCGGUCUAAUGAUUAUCACUUUCACGCUAUUCUUUCCCGAACCUCUCCGGUGGCUUAUUAGCAAGGGCCGCUUGACCGAAGCCCACGAGGCAAUGCGGGAACUCUUUUGGGACACGACCAUUGACGACGAUGCGACUCGGAUGGAGAUCGACAACAUCUCGAGCCAUCUUCGGCAGGGUUCGCAAUCGGAGCGUGGCUUCCUGGACCUCCUGAAACCCCGAGGCCAGCGGCUGUUCUACCGCAUGUGCCUUGCGAUUGGCAUCAACUUCUGCGCUCAGAUGACGGGGGCCAUCGUCAUCUCUUACUACGAGUCGACAACCUUCAAGAAAUCGCUUAGAAUUGCUUGCCCCUGUCUCAUAAUCGCCUGCCUGAGCAUGGGCUUGUCCAUGGCCGCGCUGGCGGGGUGUGUCUGGAGCAUUGACUAUCGCUACACGAUCGGUGCCUUGGUGGCGGCCACUUUUUUUCUCUUGGCCUUCAUGACCUUCUUCCCCCUCGAAUUUCUCGGAGCCAACUUUCUCUACAGUGUUGAGAAUGCGCCCCAAGACUUGCGCAUUCAACUGACCGCCAUCGGGUCUGUGACCCAUUGGCUGUUCAACUUUGUCAUUGUGGAAAUCAUCCCGAUCGCGUUUGUAACGAUUCGGUGGAAGUAUUAUGUUGUGUACGCCGUCAUUAGGGUGAGUGUCGCUGGGUUGGUGUACUUCUUGUUCCCUGAAACCAAUUGCCGGUCACUGCAGGAGAUGGACGAGUUGUUCUCGGAUCCGACCACUGGUGGCAAGUUCCAAGCUAUGCUUGAGCAUUGCAGACAGGGCAGCCCGAGACCUCAUCAACAAGAACCUUGGAAAUGCACAGACUAUUCAGCGUACACCCCUUUUAUGCAUGUUGCUAGCAUCGGUUGA